GCCGGGGGUGGCCGUGCCGCCAGCCGGGGCCGGCUCCAUCAUGUGAGGCGGCGGGUCUGCGCCCCCCCCAGCCCCGAGCUGCCCUCUUCCGCAUCAUGAGGGAAGGGGAUGCGGGGCGGCACCCACGCCGGAGACAGGUAGAGCCCGGGCGGCUCCUCCGCCUCUUCUCCUGCGUUAUCCUCGUGUGCAGCGCGGAGGUCGCGGCGCUCGCCGACUUCUCAGGUUACCUAACCAAACUUCUGCAGAAUCAUACUGCAUAUGCUUGUGAUGGGGAACAUCUGAGUCUGCACUGUCCUCGGCAUUCAACAAUAAGUGUUCAGUCAGCGUUUUACGGGCACAACUACCACAUGUGUAGUACUCAGGAGCCUGAAGCCAGGAUGACAGAACCUAUGAACUGUGUGGCACCCACCUCUUUGCAGAAAGUACUGGAUGAAUGCCAAAACCUGAGAUCCUGCCAACUCCUUGUCAAUAGUCGGGUUUUUGGACCUGAUCUGUGUCCAGGGACCACUAAAUUCCUCCUUGUCUCCUUUAAAUGCAAACCUACUGAAUACAAAACCAAGUCAGCAUGUGAAAACCAGGAACUGAAGCUCCACUGUCAAGAAUCUAAGUUCCUUAUCAUCUACUCUGCCACCUAUGGCAGAUGGGCACACGAGGAGAAUGUCUGCUCGACAGAAGUGGAGCGUGUCCCCCCCUUUGACUGUUUGUCAUACACGGCGCUAGAGGUUUUAUCAACAAGGUGUUAUGGGAAACAGAGAUGCAAAGUUGUUGCCAGUAGCCUGAAUUUUGGAAGUCCGUGUCUACCCGGAGUGACAAAAUACCUUAACGUCAGCUAUGCAUGCGUUCCUAAGUUUAUCCUCGCGGCUGUCAAUCCCCUGGGCACCGAUAGCAAACCUUCCGACAAACAGAAUGAUGGUGUCGACCUCGAUCCAAAGGAAUCAAGACUUCCAAAGAAAGAUGGAUCUAUUGUCAGCAACUCCUUGGCUACGUUUGCAUACAUUAGAGAUCACCUUGAAAGAGCCGCUUUCCUGUUCAUGUCCAGCGUCUGCGUGGGAUUAUUCAUCACGCUGUGUGCUUUGGUGAUCCGCGGGUCAUGCUCGAAUGACUUCCAGAAACUGCACAGAAAGAAGGAGCGCUUGGUGCCAGAAAGCGACAGAGUGUACGAGAUCACUCAGAAUGAGGAGGAGGAGGAGGAGGAAGAUUCCUCCGAUUCGGACGUCAGGGAUGAGAUAGUGGGACUUUACAGACCUUCUUACUCAGGUUAUAAUGCGACAGAGGCGGCGGAACUGGCCGAAAGGAUAGAGCGCAGGGAGCAGAUCAUACAAGAAAUUUGGCUGAACAGCGGUUUGGAUAUGACACCUCCUAGAAACAUGGAUACAUUUUAUAUUAAUGAACCAUAAAAUGGCUGCUUUUGGAUGAUGCCCUAGCCCUUUUUUUGUUUAAAAGAAGAAAUGUACCUUCUGUGAAGGAACAUUUGUACCAGUGCAUAUAAUUAUUUGUAAAGCAAGAAGAAAUAUAUGCAAUAAAAGGAAAAUUUCGAACCCUUCA